AUGCAGGAGCUGCAUGCGGCGUUCUCCUCUGGGGCCUUGGCCGGGAAUGUGGUGGACCUCUCCAUGAUCAACGAGGCGCGUAACCUGGUAACGGAGCUGCUGGCGGACCCCGCGGUGCCGGUGCAGGUCGCCUCCUCGCUGCGCUGCGUCAGCAGCCUCAUGGGCACCUUCUCGGGCUCCUGCCGGCCUCGCGUCAACCCAUUCACUCCCUUCCCCGGCUUCUACCCCUGCACCGGGGCCGAGGACCCCGUCGACAAGGCCGACAGGAAGCCGCACAAGGUCAUGAGCAGCAGGAACAGCCUGCCCACUCCGCAGCCGCGGCGCAGCUCCACCACCUCCACCCUCCCGGCACUGGAGUUGGCGGCGGCGGCGGCGGCGACACGCUGGGAGCGCAGUAACGGCAAGAGGCCCCACGCGGAGCUCUCGCUGACCAGCCAGGGUUCCCCACCCAACGGACCGAAUGCCAGCCUGCUGACCAUCCCCAAACCGCGGUCCUCCUCGGUGUCCCUCACGUACCACGCAGCACCCAGGAGGGCAGGCACGUCCCCCAGCUUGAGCCCGCUCAGCUCCCCCAGUCACAGCCCUCCGUCUGCCAGCCUGGGCCCAGUGAAGCGCUCCCCUGUCGAGUUCCCCGACACGGCAGACUUCCUGACCAAGCCCAGCGUCAGCCUGCACAAGCCACUGGGGUACACCCUCAGCUCGCCCGACUUCCAUCCCCAGUACCGGGUGCCCGGUGCACUCAUUUGCGCCAGGUAUGGCCCAUGCACCGCCCACCACCCUACAGAGGGUGAAGGCUCAGACUGCCCAGGUGAUGCCUUGUCCAGGACGGAGGACCCCGAAACAGAGACACAGGGAGAGAGCGGACCCAGCUCAGCCAGUGGGGUCCAGGGGAGCUUGGAGCAGCAGCUCACACAGGAGCGGCAGGACCUGAAUGUGGAGAGCGAGGAGGACUUUGUGCUCGACCCCCUGCUGCAGGAGCAAGAGGCCCUCAUGGAGACCAUCAACAACUGGAACUUCCAGAUAUUCGACCUGGUGGAGCAGACGGGAGGGAAGACAGGCCGCAUCCUCAGCUAUGUGACCUACACGCUGUUCCAGGAUACUGGCCUCUUUGAGAUCUUCAAAAUUCCCACCCGGGAGUUCAUGAUGUACUUCUGUGCACUAGAGAAUGGCUAUCGGGAUAUUCCCUAUCACAACCGCGUCCACGCCACAGACGUUUUGCACGCCGUAUGGUACCUGACCACCAGACCCAUCCCCGGCUUCCAGCAGGCCUCCAGCGAGAAUGUGACAGGAAGUGACACAGACUCGGACAGCGGGAUCUCUCCGGGAAGAGUGGCCUACACUUCCUCCGGAAGCUGCACCAUACCCGAUGACAGCUACGGCUGCCUGUCAUGGAACGUUCCUGCGCUGGAGCUUAUGGCACUAUAUGUAGCAGCAGCAAUGCACGACUACGACCACCCCGGUCGCACGAACGCCUUCCUCGUAGCCACUAACGCACCUCAGGCGGUCCUGUACAAUGACCGUUCGGUCUUGGAGAAUCACCACGCUGCCUCCGCUUGGAGCCUCUACCUGUCCCAGCCCGAGUACAACUUCCUGGCCAACCUGGAUCACGUAGAGUUCAAGCGCUUUCGCUUCCUGGUCAUCGAGGCCAUCCUUGCCACUGACCUGAAGAAGCAUUUUGAUUUCCUGGCCGAGUUCAAUUCAAAGGUUAACGAUGUGAACAGCCCAGGAAUUGACUGGUCGAAUGAAAAUGACCGUCUGUUAGUUUGCCAAGUGUGUAUCAAGUUGGCCGACAUCAAUGGGCCGGCGAAAGAUGGCGACCUCCACCUGAAGUGGACAGAAGGCAUUGUGAAUGAGUUUUAUGAGCAGGGUGACGAGGAGGCCAGCCUGGGCCUUCCCAUCAGCCCCUUCAUGGACCGCUCCUCCCCCCAGCUGGCCAAGCUCCAGGAAUCCUUCAUCACGCACAUCGUGGGUCCACUCUGCGACUCCUACGACGCGGCUGGACUGCUUCCUGGUUACUGGAUUGACCAGGAGUGCUCGGAGGAUGAGGAGGAGGAAGAGGGGGCGGACACGGAAACAGAGGACGAUGAACUGGAGGAAGAACUUGAACCAAAAAGAAGAAAGGGCCGCCGCCGGCUCUUCUGUAACAUCAUGCAGCACCUGGCGGAGAACCACAAGGUGUGGAAGAAGACCAUCGAGGAGGAGGAGAAGAGCAAGCAGGCACAGACGCAGCAGACUGACAGCCGGCCGGCCACACCUCCCGCCUCUGAUGACAUCCAGGUCAUCCAGGAGGAGGCUGAGGAGGACGAGCGGCAGUAGCCGGCUUUUUUUUUGGGGGGGGGGGGGGCGGGUGUAAUGCUAAACCCCCCUCCCCAACCGGCUGGGAAGCCCUCUGCACACCGAACCGUCACUGUGCCGUGUCAAGGGGGGGAAACAAAAGGCCUUAUUACUGUGAGCAGACUCUCACUGCGAUGGUGGGAGCCCCAGUCCUAUGCACUUUCACCCCAUGGAUUUAAAAAAAAAAAAACAAACACACGCACUUCAGCCGAGGGGGAAGCUGCGAACGGGACGCAGUGAAGACGCAGGGACCUCCACUCCUUGGUGUAAAGUUUUAUCUAGCUGUGAUGCUGCCUUGUUGAACGUCGAGCGCUUAAAUCUCCAUUAGGUACUAAUAAGACAGUAAGAAUUACUAUAAAGAGUAACAUCCACCCUCCUCCCCCCACCCAAACCUCUGAAGCAACUGACACCAUUUACCAAAGUGAACCGUGAAAAAGAGGAAGAUGGGUGAAUCUGAGGCUUAUUCAGCCAAGCAGACGAGGACAAACAAAACAAAAAUAAAAACGUGAAAAAAAUGACAUACAUGUAGGAAUACAUUUCAAAUGUGCCUGUCUGAACUGGACGUGCAGGUUACACCCUGCACACCAUGAAGAGCAUGGACCAUCUCCUCACUCUCUGCAGUCUCAUGAUGCUGGUGACACUCACUGUAUCAGACUCCACCGGAGCUGACAUUUUAACUGAAUGCAGGCUUUCCUUUCCUGUUUAAUACCCCUUCAUUAUUGUGUGUGGCCUAUGAGAUUCAUUUUACUUUAUUAUUUUUUUUGCAUUCAUUUCAGGAAUUCACAGAGGCCAGCCAGCUAACCCCAGUAGUCCCAGUGUUUACCAUACGGGGUAGAGAACCGGAACAUGUUCCACCUAAGGGAUUUUUUUUAAUUUUGAUAAGUGUAUUUUUUCACAGUUACUCAGGAUUCACCAAUAGAUCAGAAGUUUUUUUGCAGGAUUUCAGCCCAUGAAGUAAUAAUUUCUCAUGCUGUAUAUUAUAUAAUAUAUAUGUGUAUAUAUAUAUAUAUAUUAUAUAAAAACAGUAAUUGUAACCGUUUUUAUUCCUUGUACGAACAACUUGCUACAAACUCAUUUUAGCUAUUUGAAGACUCCAGUCCAGUGUGUGGGACCCAGGACAAUCAGGCCUAGCCUGUCCUCACCAGGAAAAGCUUCCCCGAAGCUUGUGUGUGCGCGCGGACAGCGUCGGACGCAGACAAGAAUCGUACAUCGAAUAAACAAGGUUAUUUUUGUAUCUGAAUGGGAUUAGCCGUUUGUUGGUCAUUCUGCUGUCGGCAUUAUUUUAACGUUUCGUUCUUGUAAACUCACAGGCAGUCUUGUUUGUAUUUUUUUAUUUUAGGUUUUAUUUAAAUAAUUCUGCUUAAAGCUAUUUUAAUGCAAUAUAUCAUUUGCCAAACGUACAGCUGGCUGGUGCGCGGAUUAGCUGGUCGAGCAGCAGCGUCCACGCGUUCGGGCUCUCCGCAUCUCGCGGUCGGUUGCGGAACGACGUCGGGAUGUCGCGUGCCGAAGCGCAUCAUCCCGCCGGCGACGCAGCGCCGCCCUGUGGCCGAGGCUGCUCGCGCGCGCCCAGCUCGUUCGACACCUUUCGGAAUCCCUCGGUAUGGGAAGGAAAGUUCUCAAGUAGGCAUUGUAAAUCAGUCGAGUAUAUUUAAAACAAAAAAAAGGAAAAAAAGAAAAUGCACCUUUUACUACCAAACAAGUGUUUAACCUCUGCACAGAAAGAGUAUCUGCAUAUAUUUUUUUUAGAUAAUCAAUCGUAUCAGAGUGCAUCUGUUUUAUAUUUGCAGCUGACAUGUUGUACAUAGGGAAUCUGUAAUUACCAUCCUGUUUCCAGAGUUUUUAUCUAAUACUAUUUUAUGGAUGUAAAAUCGGCUUUCACCAGUCUGGGGCAUCCGACAUUUUUCUUUACACGGUGCACCACCUCCCGUGUUCCUGACCAUAACCACUCUCGUCCCGGCUGCCUAUUUUUUUAUACCCUGUGACUCGGCGUCGUCCUCCCGGACGCAGCGUCGGUGCCAAACUCUCCCCGUCCCGCCACUGAUCCGUGACGCAGCUGAACCCGGAUUCCCAUGAUGCAUUGCGAUUAACGUGAACCGUCCUAAGCGAGGAUUUUUAAGUCUGACAGAUACGCGCUUGUCACGGGUGCAUCACCUGAAUGUUGGGUCAAAGUAACAUAGAAAUAACAUCAACAAUAAUAGUAAUACUAAUUUAUUUCGUUGCUUUGUUUCCCCAGUCGGAGCACAGCUCAGUUGUAAUGCCUCAGCUUGCCCCUACCCCUUCUUCAGUUCCAGCUCCGUAUGUCAUGAAAGCUAAGUGUUUAUUGACUUCUUACUGUCUCAUGAGCCAUAGUCCUCUGAUGUUCUUUCCAUGCAUACAUUUAUGAAUGGCUGUCACAUCUAUGUAGCACCUAGAUAUGUAUGUCUGAUGUAACCAUUCAGUCUUCUGGAAUAUGUGUGGGGGGGGGUGGGGGUCAUUUUUAUUGUUAUUUAUAGCUGUCAUAAAACACAUCCCUAAAUA